CAUCAAAUCGAGCAUGAUACCGAAAUGAGUGGGAAGACCCAAAUCUGUUCAUCCAGAAUGAAUCGAAUACAGCACACCACCUUCCACGUAUUGACUAGGCUUGAAGGGGUUGAGGUUCCUAACCCAACCUAUGGGUAAAUCCGUAGGUCAUGGCAAUCGUCGCCCUUCGCAUGCCGGAUGUGAGACCGUAUAUCUUCCAUGAUACUGAUGUGAUACUGCGUCAACAUCGUCGCGGAGUAAACCGAAAGACACGAAAAUGCCGUCGGUCAGGUAUAACUCGCUAGCCGGGCUUCUCGGCUUCCUUUCUACAGUCACAGCAGCAGCAGUGAACGUGCGACAAGCGUACUCAGAGUCGGCAACCUAUGACUACAUUAUUGUGGGUGGAGGACUCAGUGGGUUGGUAGUUGCCAACCGAUUGACUGAAAAUGCAAAUAUAUCCGUGCUGGUCAUCGAGAACGGGGUCAUCGACGACAGACCCACGACGAGUGUGCCGUAUUUUGCCAACAUCAAUGUCGAGAAUUACUAUCCCAUCACAUCUGCACCAGAACCAUUCAUGCAGAACAAGACUUGGAUGGUACAUGUAGGCAAUGUUGUUGGAGGCGGUUCGGUCGUCAACGGCAUGCAGUGGGAUAGGGGCUCUGAUGCGGAUUACGAUGCAUGGGAACAGUUGGGAAACCCGGGUUGGGGAUAUGAAGGCCUGGCAAAGUACUUCAAAAAGUCCACUCACUUUGAUGGCCCUUCAGAAGCGGUUCGCCAUCAUUUCAACAUGACGUUCGAUGCUAAUGCAUAUGGCGAUGGGCCAGUCAAGGUAUCGAUACCCAGCUACCAGUAUGAAGACUACGUCGACAUCAUGGGAUCUUUCGUAUCUAGGAGCGACAUACCCCACUCGCCGGAAGGCUUCAGUAGACCCAUUGGCACAUUCUGGACGCCAAACUCCAUUGACAACUCGACUAAGCAGCGCAGCCAUGCUCGCAGAGCUUACUACGACCCAGUUCAAACACGCACCAACUUGCAUCUUUUGACCAACACUCACGUGGAUGAAAUCCUGUUCAAGAAUGGUAGUACGCUUGUAGCCAGUGGUGUUAAGUAUACGUCCAACGCCGACUCCUCCCCCGGAUCUGUACACGCAACGAGAGAGGUCAUCCUGGCAGCUGGAGGCGUCUUUACACCGCACCUGCUCAUGCUGUCUGGAAUUGGUCCCAAGGACGAACUAUCUGCCGCUAAGAUCACUGCGAAGAAAGACCUGCCGGCUGUCGGUUCGAACUUCCAGGAUCAUCAAGCCUUGUACAUGCGUUUUAACCUCUCAAAUCAGUCCGUUCCGAACCCAGACAUGCUCGUUACGACACCCGACCCAGCUUUUAACGCCACAGCUGCCGAGCUGUAUGCAGCUAAUCGCACUGGACCGUGGACCUUUGGGCGAGGCAAUGCAGCACUAUUCCUUGCAUUCAAAGAUUUUUCUACCAAGUAUGCUGAUAUAACUGCCAUUGUCUCUGGACAGAAUGCAACUGCAUACUUACCCCAACGCUACUCGAAGAUCGACACUCUGCUGAAGGGCUUCAUGGCACAGCGUAAGAUUCUAGUCGACCACUACCUCUCGGACUAUGCAGCGACCGGCGAAUACCCGAUCCAACCUUGGGGCCGAGCGACUACUGCCGUUCAGAAGCCUCUCUCCCGAGGCACUCUCUCCCUCAACACUACGAAUCCAUCGGCGAACCCGAUCGUCGUUCGAAACGCAUUCCAAAACCCAGUCGAUAAGCUAGUUCUUGGCGAACUGGUGCGGUGGAACAGGCAGCACUGGACUACCGCGCCCCUACUCCAGCGCUACGCCCCCGUCGAGACCGUGCCAGGUGCGCAAUAUCAGACUGAUGACGAGAUCUUUGACGCCAGUAUCAAAGCAGCUGCCUUGGAUCCAACCUACGCUCAUUCAAGCGGCGCAUGUGCGCUUAUGCCCGAAGAGUUGGGUGGUUGUGUCGAUCCACAAUUGAGGGUCUACGGAGUAGAAAGGUUGAGGGUCGUAGACGCGAGCAUCCUGCCCUUGAUACCAGCAGCGCACUUGCAGGCAACGAUGUAUGCUGUUGCCGAGAAGGCCGCAGAUAUAAUUAAAGAGAAUAAAAAAGCGUAGAGAUGGACUGAUGAGCAGAAAGAUGUCGUUCUGGAUGAUCUUUCGAGGUUGAGUGAAAUCGCAGUCAGCCUGUCAGCCGCAUUUUGUAGAAUCUGCUACAACGUCACAUCGAGUGAAUACGCCUUCUGUAGAACCGUCGCGUAGACCUUGAUGACACUAGAAACAUCUGAAGAUAAGUCCAGAGCUAGCUGGCAUAAGAUAAAAAAAGGCGAGCUUCCUCGU